CAGUAACAUCUAUUUCAGGAAGAAAUGGAUAGGUUUUCGUGGUGUUCGGGCUCAAAUUUGUCCGUUUUUCCAGGGGAAACAGGAGUACAUCAACAAGAAGGUGUAAGAAUAUACGAUGGGGAAAAUAAGACAACGUUUGAAAAUGGACUACUGAAGCUAACGACACAUCGUAUUUUAUGGGAUGACGUCAAUCAGCAG